UGCAGGUCCUGGGAGUCUGUAGCGGCAGUCGGUGAUUAACCGGGGAACGCCUCAGCUAAACGCCGAAAGGACGAAUGAAAAGUGUCAUCACACCGACAACACAACCUGGACGACGCCUAGAAUUAAUUAACCAACGGACUUUGUAAUAGAGACUCCCUGGCUGUCCGAUUAGGACCGGAAAGCAUCAUUUGUAGUUUGUGUUAGCGUUAGAAGAAAUCGGAGGAGGGUGUCAAGAGGAACCGCCAUGGCUCAGAUCCUGCCAAUUCGCUUUCAGGAGCACCUGCAGCUCCAAAACUUGGGAAUCAAUCCGGCCAACAUAGGCUUCAGUACCCUAACCAUGGAGUCUGAUAAGUUCAUCUGUAUUCGGGAGAAAGUGGGCGAGCAGGCUCAGGUGGUGAUCAUUGACAUGGCUGACCCGAAUACUCCCAUCCGCAGGCCCAUCUCAGCUGACAGCGCCAUCAUGAAUCCAGCCAGCAAGGUCAUAGCACUUAAAGCGGCCAAAACCCUUCAGAUCUUUAACAUAGAGAUGAAGAGCAAGAUGAAGGCGCACACCAUGACGGACGAUGUUACCUUCUGGAAGUGGAUCUCCCUGAACACAGUUGCUCUGGUGACCGACAACGCCGUCUACCAUUGGAGCAUGGAGGGAGACUCGCAACCGGUUAAAGUCUUCGACCGCCACUCCAGCCUGGCAGGAUGCCAGAUCAUCAACUACCGCACUGACGCCAAGCAGAAAUGGCUGCUUCUCAUCGGGAUCUCUGCUCAGCAAAAUCGAGUGGUGGGAGCCAUGCAGCUGUAUUCUGUCGACAGAAAGGUCUCCCAGCCAAUUGAAGGCCAUGCUGCCAGCUUUGCCCAGUUUAAGAUCGAAGGAAAUUCAGACGAAUCAACUCUAUUCUGCUUUGCUGUCAGAGGCCAGGCUGGAGGAAAGCUGCACAUCAUUGAAGUGGGCACUCCACCCACUGGUAACCAGCCCUUUCCAAAGAAAGCGGUGGAUGUCUUCUUUCCUCCAGAAGCUCAGAAUGACUUCCCUGUGGCCAUGCAGAUAAGUGCAAAACACAAUGUGGUUUUCCUUAUUACCAAAUAUGGUUACAUCCACCUGUACGACUUGGAGACGGGAACCUGCAUCUACAUGAACCGCAUCAGUGGGGAGACCAUCUUUGUCACGGCUCCUCACGAGGCCUCCUCAGGCAUUAUUGGGGUCAACAGAAAGGGACAGGUGCUGUCUGUCUGUGUAGAAGAGGAAAAUAUAAUUCCCUACAUCACCAACGUGCUGCAAAAUCCAGACCUCGCUCUCCGCUUAGCUGUCCGCAACAACCUGGCAGGAGGCGAAGAGCUUUUUGCACGAAAGUUCAACACUUUGUUUGGUGCUGGCAAUUACUCAGAAGCAGCCAAAGUGGCUGCUAAUGCACCAAAGGGUAUCCUGCGCACCCCAGACACCAUUCGUCGUUUCCAGAGUGUUCCCACUCAGCCUGGCCAGACAUCGCCCCUGUUGCAGUAUUUUGGCAUCCUGUUGGAUCAGGGCCAACUCAACAAGUUUGAGUCCCUUGAGCUUUGCAGGCCUGUACUCCAGCAGGGACGAAAGCAGCUUCUAGAGAAGUGGCUGAAGGAGGACAAGUUGGAGUGCUCAGAGGAACUGGGUGACCUUGUCAAAGCAGUGGAUCCAACUUUGGCUCUCAGCGUUUACCUCAGGGCCAACGUCCCCAACAAGGUCAUUCAGUGCUUUGCAGAAACUGGACAAUUCCCAAAGAUUGUUCUGUAUGCCAAGAAGGUGGGCUACACUCCAGAUUGGAUCUUUCUGCUCAGGAAUGUUAUGCGAAUCAACCCGGACCAAGGACUGCAGUUUGCACAGAUGCUGGUCCAGGAUGAAGAGCCACUGGCAGACAUCACCCAGAUUGUGGAUGUUUUCAUGGAGUACAACCUGAUCCAGCAGUGCACCUCCUUCCUCCUUGAUGCUUUGAAGAACAACAGACCGUCAGAAGGCCCACUACAGACCCGCCUCCUGGAGAUGAACCUCAUGCAUGCCCCACAGGUUGCUGAUGCGAUCCUGGGAAACCAGAUGUUUACCAACUAUGAUCGUGCCCACAUUGCCCAGCUGUGUGAGAAGGCUGGGCUCCUUCAGAGGGCCCUGGAGCACUACACAGACCUGUAUGACAUCAAGCGUGCUGUGGUUCACACACACCUUCUCAACCCAGAGUGGCUGGUAAACUACUUUGGCUCGCUGUCGGUGGAAGACUCCAUGGAGUGCCUCAGGGCCAUGCUGUCAGCCAACAUCCGUCAGAACCUGCAGAUCUGUGUUCAGGUGGCCUCCAAGUACCACGAGCAGCUCACUACUCAAGCUCUCACUGAGCUUUUUGAGUCCUUUAAGAGCUUUGAAGGGUUGUUCUACUUCCUGGGCUCCAUCGUGAACUUCAGUCAGGAUCCAGAAGUUCACUUCAAAUACAUUCAGGCUGCCUGCAAGACGGGUCAGAUCAAAGAGGUGGAGAGGAUCUGUAGAGAGAGCAACUGCUACGACCCCGAGCGCGUCAAGAACUUCCUCAAGGAAGCUAAACUCACCGACCAGCUGCCCCUCAUCAUUGUUUGUGACCGUUUUGACUUUGUCCACGACCUGGUUCUCUACCUGUACCGCAACAACCUGCAGAAGUACAUUGAGAUUUAUGUUCAGAAGGUGAACCCGAGCCGUCUGCCUGUGGUUGUUGGUGGUCUCCUGGACGUGGACUGCUCCGAGGACGUAAUCAAGAGCCUGAUCUUGGUUGUCAGGGGCCAGUUCUCCACUGAUGAACUGGUCGCUGAGGUGGAGAAGAGGAACAGACUGAAGUUGCUGCUCCCCUGGCUGGAGUCUCGUAUCCACGAAGGUUGUGAGGAGCCGGCCACCCACAAUGCCCUGGCAAAGAUCUACAUCGACAGCAAUAACAACCCCGAGCGCUUCCUGCGGGAGAACCCGUACUACGACAGCUGUGUGGUGGGGAAGUACUGCGAGAAGAGAGACCCCCAUCUGGCCUGUGUGGCUUAUGAGCGAGGACAGUGUGACCAGGAGCUAAUCAAUGUUUGCAACGAGAACUCCCUCUUCAAGAGUUUGUCUCGCUACCUGGUCCGGCGCAAAGACCCUGAGCUGUGGGCUAGCGUGCUGCUCGAGAGCAACCCCUUCAGACGGCCACUCAUUGACCAGGUGGUGCAAACAGCCCUGUCAGAGACCCAGGACCCAGAGGAGGUGUCCGUCACAGUCAAAGCUUUCAUGACGGCCGACCUGCCCAACGAGCUCAUUGAGUUGCUGGAGAAGAUAGUGUUGGACAACUCUGUCUUCAGUGAACACAGGAACUUGCAGAACCUGCUGAUCCUCACAGCCAUCAAAGCAGACCACACGCGUGUGAUGGAGUACAUCAACAGGCUGGACAAUUAUGAUGCUCCUGACAUUGCAAACAUCGCCAUCAGCAAUGAGCUCUUCGAGGAGGCCUUUGCCAUCUUUAAGAAGUUUGACGUCAACACAUCUGCUGUGCAGGUGCUGAUUGAGCACAUUGGAAACCUGGACCGAGCCUAUGAGUUUGCAGAACGCUGCAAUGAGCCGGCUGUGUGGAGCCAGCUGGCCAAGGCUCAGCUGCAGAAGGAGCUGGUUAAAGAAGCGAUUGACUCUUACAUCAAAGCAGAUGACCCCUCUGCCUACAUGGAAGUGGUGCAGGCUGCUGAUAAGAGUGGUAACUGGGAAGACUUGGUCAAAUUCCUUCAGAUGGCUCGCAAGAAGGCUCGUGAGUCUUACGUAGAGACGGAGCUGAUCUUUGCUUUGGCCAAAACCAAUCGGCUGGCUGAACUGGAAGAGUUCAUCAAUGGACCCAACAACGCUCACAUCCAGCAGGUUGGUGAUCGUUGCUAUGAUGAGAAAAUGUUCGAAGCCGCUAAGCUUCUGUACAACAACGUCUCCAACUUUGGUCGCUUGGCCUCGACUCUGGUGCACCUUGGGGAGUACCAGGCAGCUGUGGAUGGAGCUCGCAAAGCCAACAGCACCCGCACCUGGAAGGAGGUGUGCUUCGCCUGUGUGGAUGGACAGGAGUUCAGACUCGCCCAGAUGUGUGGCCUCCACAUUGUGGUGCACGCCGAUGAGCUGGAGGAGCUCAUCAACUAUUACCAAGAUCGUGGCUACUUUGAGGAACUGAUCACCAUGCUGGAGGCUGCUCUGGGCCUAGAGCGGGCUCACAUGGGGAUGUUCACGGAGCUCGCCAUCCUUUACUCCAAGUUCAAGCCCCAGAAGAUGAGGGAACAUCUGGAGCUCUUCUGGUCCAGAGUUAACAUCCCAAAGGUCCUGAGAGCAGCAGAGCAGGCUCAUCUGUGGGCCGAACUUGUCUUCCUGUACGAUAAAUACGAGGAGUUCGACAACGCCAUCAUCACCAUGAUGACCCACCCGACAGAUGCCUGGAAGGAGGGCCAGUUCAAAGAUAUCAUCACCAAAGUGGCCAACGUGGAGCUGUACUACAAAGCCGUCCAGUUCUAUCUGGAGUUCAAGCCCUUGUUGCUGAACGAUCUGCUCAUGGUGCUCUCUCCUAGACUGGAUCAUUCUCGCGCAGUCAACUAUUUCAGCAAGGUAAAGCAGCUGCCUCUGGUCAAGCCUUACUUACGGUCAGUACAGAACCACAACAACAAAUCAGUCAAUGAAGCACUUAACAACCUCUUCAUCACUGAAGAAGACUAUCAGGCACUGAGGACAUCGAUAGAUGCUUACGACAACUUUGAUAACAUCUCACUGGCCCAGCGCAUGGAGAAACACGAGCUGAUCGAGUUCAGAAGAAUCGCUGCCUACCUCUUCAAAGGCAACAACCGCUGGAAACAAAGUGUGGAGCUCUGUAAGAAGGACAAGCUCUACAAGGAUGCCAUGCAGUAUGCAUCAGAGUCCAAAGACAUUGAGCUGGCAGAGGAACUCCUCGCUUGGUUCCUGCAGGAGAACAAGAAGGAAUGUUUUGCUGCCUGCCUUUUCUCCUGCUAUGACCUGCUGCGACCCGAUGUGGUGCUGGAGACCGCCUGGAGACACAACAUCAUGGACUUUUCUAUGCCAUACUUCAUUCAGGUCAUGAGGGAGUACCUCUCCAAGGUUGAUGCUCUUAAGGAACAGGUUGAUAAACUUGAAACCUCAGAGUCUUUAAGAAAAGAAGAGGAGCAGGCAACAGAGACGCAACCCAUCGUCUACGGAACUCCUCAGCUAAUGCUGACAGCGGGCCCCAGCGUGCCGGUGCCUCCUCAGCAGCCUUACGGCUACGGCUACCAGGCGCCCGCCGGCUACACUCAACCAGCAGCUCAGCCGGGCUUUGGCUACGGCAUGUGAAGGCCCCUCCCCCUUCUGUCCACUUCCAGGCUGGAGCUACCAUCCAUCCAUCUUCCACAGUCCUUCACCAGACCAUUAUUGUCCCUCUGUCCUCUACAGAGUGGGGGGAUAAUACCGACACUUUUGUUUCCUACCUUUUCCUUUUUUGAAAUCGUCAUGAAGGACUCAAGUUUUGUUUCAGUUUUCAUGGUAAAGAUUAAUUUCCUCACAUUCCACAGAUUAAUCCUAAGUCUGUUUUAUUUGAACGGGAAAUGGUUUCUGCACGUAAGGGUGGGCUUGUGGGGAGGGACGUGCCUCUUCUCACCUUUAAAAGAAUAGGUCUGUUGUGAAGCAUCUAAUUUGCACUCUGUAGUGAGCAUUCAUGUAAAACUUGUUCCUGUCACGUGCGAGCAGCUUCAUCUGACUUUGCAUUGCAUUUAAUUGUAUAUUCAGAUACAAAAACCUCUACUGUGUUUAUAUUUUGCAACAGCAAACUGCUGCUUUCAUGGCCAUGAUCCUGAAACACUACGUCCUACUGAACAUGAUCCCACUCUCUCUCUUCAGGGCUGUUUGUUAAAGAAAAUCAAAGUCUUUUAUACACGAUUUAAAGGAAAGUGAUUCUUUCCUGCACAGCCUAUGCAGACGUCUCCAAACAAAUUUCCUUUAACAAAAGAAAAACUGCUCUGACAUGAGACUAAUCUGCCUCAGGAGGGACUGCAGACCUGUGUGACUUGCAUACACCAUGUCCCUUUACAGUGGUCAGAGUCUUUUUGGGUCAUUGUUACGAGUGUCCAGGAGAGAUUCUUUUUUUUUUCUACACAAACUUUUCUUGGUCACGUCUAACUCGGUUGGUUUAAAUCUAAACAGAACAUUGCAGCACAUGUAGGGGUUUGAAGUUUUUAUUAAAGGCUUGUGUGUAUACAGGAAAUCAAUCAUUAACUCCUUGUAUUAUCUAAAUGACCUUAGAUUUGAAUUGUGCACUUGCGAUACUUGAUUAUGCAUAAUCAAGAUGAUAAAUGAAACAGUGGUUUUGUUUCCUCUUACAAAAAAGUAAAAAUAAAAGCUUGUCAAAUGA